GUCGCGGGCGGUCCACGGGCGAAGUGGUGGUGAGUAGGUUCACGCGCGUCGUUCACAGUGUCUGAUCCCACAGGAGAAAUCACGGGACGGGAUAUGCACGAUCGGUAAUGAUCGCGGUGAGAUCAUCCGUCGAUGGACGCGUUGCCUCGAAUCUCAAAAAGAAAAACGAACUCUUCCUCGUCGAGUUUGUGGACAGUAUAUAAGUGAGAGUAGGGCUCGGUGCACGAGAGUCUCUCUGGACCUAGAAAGAGAGAGAGAGAGAGAGGGUUUUGUUUUCGAAGAUAAAAUGAGAGCGGGAGUGAUAUGGUGUUUCUUGCUGCUUGUGGCGAGAUGCGUCGUCCUGGGCGAUCCCGAGGCCGAUCCCGAGGCCGACCCGCUGCGCACCCGAUGGCAACCCAAGAAUCGCAAUGAAGACAAAUGUUACAACGAGAACGGCCGACCGCAGAGAUGCAUACCGCCGUUCGAGAACGCCGCUUUCAACGUGCGGAUGGAGGCGACCAACACUUGCGGCGAGACCGCUCCCGUCGAAUUUUGCGGGCAGACGCGCGUGCAAAAGAAAACGUGCGAGUUAUGCCGGCGGGGCGAUCACUCGGCCGUCUUCCUCACCGAUCACGACAACAACGACAAUGCUACCUGGUGGCAGUCGGACACCAUGUACGAGAACAUCCAGUAUCCGAAUCAGGUCAACCUCACUCUUCGCCUAGGUAAGACAUUCGACAUAACGUAUGUCAGAGUGUUGUUCGAAUCGCCUCGGCCGGAGAGCUGGGGAAUCUACAAGCGGAAGAAUGAGAAGUCGCCGUGGGAGCCUUAUCAGUUCUACUCGGCGACGUGUCGGGACACGUACGAGUUGCCCGAAUCAAAGGAAACUAUCCGCGGUGACGACACUCGCGUGCUAUGCACCUCGGAAUUCUCGGACAUCUCCCCGCUCACUAAGGGCACCGUCGCCUUCUCGACUUUGGAGGGCCGACCGUCCGCUUAUUACUUCGAAACCAAUUCCGAACUUCAGGAAUGGGUGCAGGCGACAGACUUGAGGAUCACUCUGGACAGACUGAACACGUUCGGCGACGAGGUCUUCGGCGAUCCGCAAGUACUGAAAUCUUACUACUACGCAAUAGCUGAUGUAGCGGUGGGUGCGAGAUGCGCCUGCAACGGCCACGCCGGGGAAUGCGUCAACAGCACCAGCGUCGACGGCAGAACUCGCAGGGUGUGCCGAUGCGAGCACAACACCGCUGGUCCAGAUUGCAACGAGUGCCUGCCCUUUUACAACGACGCUCCUUGGGGCCGUGCCACGACUGCGGACGCGCACGAGUGCAAACCUUGCAAUUGCAACGGAUACUCGGACAGAUGCUAUUUCGACAAGGAACUAUACAAGGCGACGGGUCACGGGGGUCACUGCUUGGAUUGUCGAGCCAAUCGCGACGGUGCCAAUUGCGAGCGAUGCCGCGAAAACUACUACCAACGUCCCGAGGAUAAUUACUGCGUCGCGUGCAACUGCAACGAGAUCGGUUCGAGAAGCUUGCAGUGCAACAGCGAGGGUAAAUGUCAGUGCAAACCUGGCGUGACCGGAGACAAGUGCGACCGUUGCGCGGCCAAUUUCUACAACUUCGGAUCGUUGGGCUGCACCUCCUGCGAGUGCAGCUUGGCCGGAUCGGCCGGGAACGCUCCCAAUUGCGAUCCCGUCUCGGGAGUUUGCGUUUGCAAAGAGAACGUCGAGGGAAGACGAUGCAGAGAAUGUCGCCCGGGUUUCUUCAAUCUGGUGAAGGAGAACGAGUUCGGCUGCACUCCUUGCUUCUGCUACGGCCAUUCUUCGGUCUGUCGAUCGGCGAACGGUUAUUCAAAGGCGUUCAUCGAGAGUACGUUCGUACGCGGAAACGAACGCUGGUCCGCUUCCGUGGCUGGAAAUCCGAUUCCGUUGAAUUACGACGCGCUGACACAAACGAUUUCCGUUACCGCGCUCGAUCGCGACAACGUAUACUUUCUGGCUCCGAGUAGAUUCUUGGGGGAUCAGCGAGCGUCGUACAAUCAAGAUUUGUCGUUCAGACUGAGAAUUGGAGAAACCGGUCCGGCUCCGACGGCUCGUGAUGUAAUUUUGGAGGGCGGAAACGGCGAGCAGAUCACGCAGCCAAUUUUUGGCCAGAACAAUCGCCUGCCAACUAACACACCCCAAGAGUACCGAUUUAAACUACACGAGCAUCACAGCUACGGUUGGCAGCCGCAAUUAUCUUCUCGCGCUUUCAUGUCGAUCUUGUCGCACCUGACCGCCAUAAAGAUUCGCGGAACUUACACUCACCAAGGUCGGGGAUUUUUGGACGACGUGAAACUGGAAACCGCCCAUCGCGGCGCGGCCGGUGAGCCGGCCGAUUGGAUAGAGCACUGCCAGUGUCCUCACGGUUACGUCGGUCAGUUUUGCGAAUCGUGCGCCCCCGGAUUCCAUCACGACCCGCCCAACGGCGGUCCCUUCGCUCUCUGCGUGCCGUGCAACUGCAACGGGCACGCUGACAUAUGCGAGGCCGAGACCGGACAGUGCAUCUGUCAGCACAACACGGCCGGCAGCAACUGCGAACUGUGCAGCAGAGGAUAUUACGGUUAUCCGUUGAAGGGAACUCCGGACGAUUGCAAGCCGUGCCCGUGCCCCGACAACGGACCCUGCAUUCUUUUGGGCAACAAUCCAGAUCCCAUCUGUUCGGAAUGUCCGAUCGGUAGGACGGGGCCUAGAUGCGAGACCUGUUCCGACGGUUAUUACGGAAACCCCGAGAGAGGACUGGCCUGCCGGCCCUGCGACUGUAACAACAACAUCGACCUGAACGCGGUCAGAAACUGCAACCACGAAACGGGAGAGUGUCUCAAGUGCGUCAACAACACGGCGGGUUUCCACUGCGAGGAAUGUCUGCCCGGUUAUUACGGAGACGCGUUGUCGGAUCGCAAAGAGGACGGGUGCAAAUUGUGUCAGUGCUAUCUGCCGGGCACUUUGGAACUCGAGGACGGAAGGGUCGUUCCCUGCGAUCAGUUAACGGGACAUUGCGCCUGCAAACCGCACGUCGUGGGCCGUAAUUGCGACAAGUGCGAGGAAGGUUACUAUCACAUCUUGAGCGGAGAAGGUUGCACGCCUUGCAACUGCGAUCUCGAGGGCUCGUACAACCGCACCUGCGACCCGAGUACGGGUCAGUGUCAGUGCCGACCGGGAAUCACGGGACAACACUGCGACGUUUGUGAACCUUACAAGUACGGAUUCGGCCGCGAGGGUUGCAAACCGUGCGACUGCGACAGCAUCGGCUCCCAGGAUCUGCAGUGCGACGCGAACGGACAGUGUCCCUGCUUGCCGAAUGUUGAGGGCAGACGUUGCGAUCGUUGUAAGGAAAACAAGCACAAUCGCCAGCACGGCUGCAUUGACUGUCCCGAUUGCUACAAUCUCGUGCAGGCGGCGGUCAACGAUCACCGACGACGGUUGGCCGAACUCGAGGACACUCUGCACAAGAUCAACAGCAGUCCCACUGUGAUCAAGGACUCGGACUUCGAGAAAGAGCUCAAGAAUGUACAGGACAAGGUAAAAUCAUUGCUGACCGUAGCUAAGCAAGGAUCUGGCAGCAAAAAUAACAAAACGCUGGCGGAACAGUUGGACGAGCUGCGCGAACAGUUGAAUAUGAUCGACAAGAUCUAUCAGACCGUGGACGUGACGGCGAACGAUGCGCGUGAUAUAACCGAGGAAGGUUUAGCGAGUAUCGACGAAGCGGAGAGAGUUCUGGACAAGAUCCACGAGCAGCUAACGGAAGCGGAGGAUUACCUGGCCACAGACGGAGCGAGUGCCUUAGCCGCGGCGAAAUUGCGCGCCGAGCAAGUCGGCCAGCAGAAUCAGCAAAUGACGGCGAUCGCGCAGGAGGCUCGGGUGGUCGCCGAGGUGAACACCAAUGAAGCCAACAGGCUUCACAUGCUGGCGGAGCAAGCGCGCAACACGACACUGGAGGCUUACAAUCUCGCGAAGCAAGCGAUAUCGAAAUACUCCAACAUAACGGACGACGUGAGAAAUUUGGAGAACAAACUGGAACAACUGGAGGAUCGCAUAGACGAGGUGAAAAAUCUCACCGCCAUCGCGGCUGCCAAGUCCUCGGCCGUCUCCCAGGAAGCGAUAGAUCUGCUGACUCUCGAUCUGACGCUUCCUCCGGUUAACAUCGAGCAGUUGCAGGAGCAAAUUGAAAACGUGAGCGACAAGGGUCUGAAGAUAAAAGAGCAGGCGCAACUCUUGCUGGAGAAAAACGAGGAUUUGAUCGAAGAAAUGAUUGAAAAAGUCAGAAAGAGCGAGGAAUUGCUGGAAAGAGCUCAGGAUCAACAGGCUGCGACGGCUGAGCAAUUGGCGGAAUUGGACAAGGCUAAAGAAACGGCGAACGACGCCGUAAAACGCGGCGAUCAAACUCUGAAAGAAGCUCAGGAAACCUUGAAGAAAUUAGGUGAAUUUGAUGCCGAGGUGCAACGCGAGCGCGUCAAGGCGCAAAAUGCUCUGAAGGACAUACAGAAUAUCGAAGAAUUGAUUAACACUGCCACCGCAAAAGCGAGGGAGACAGAGCAGGUGUUGAGCGGAUCGGAGGAGAGAGCCAACACCGCGCGCGAAACGGCACAGAACGCACAGAUGUACGCGGACAGGGCCAGCGCGAACGCGAACGAAAUCAGAAUGAAGGCGAACGAAACCAAAAUCGAAGCGACGCGACUCGGAAACGAGGCCGAGGGUUUGCAUCUCCGAAUCGACACGACGGAUUCGGUGAUGAAGCAAUACGAGAUUCAAGCGGCCAAGGACGCCAACGUCAUGGCCGAGGCGAAUCAUAAGGUCGGCCAGGCGAAGACCAACGUGACCUUCUCGUCGCAACAAGUCGACAAGGCUUUGGCCGAAGUGGCUGAGAUCAUCAGGGAGCUCGAAAAUCUGCGAGAGAUCGACGAGACCGACCUGGAUCGUUUGGAGGAACGUCUCCUCGCCGCCGAGAGGGAGAUCAAAGCUGCGAAUCUGGACCAACGAAUUCGCGCGUUGACCGAGGCGAAAAACCUGCAGACCCAAUGGGUGAAGAAUUACGAGGACGAGAUCAACAGGCUGAGAAUCGAGGUGGAAAACAUCGGUGACAUCGCAAAAGUACUGCCAAAAGGAUGCCAUCACCGCGUCCGUCUCGAACCUUAAGAAAUUUAUGCCUUUUUAUGCCUUAUAUACAUAUAUAUAUAUAAAACACACAUUUUUCAUCUUAUAUCAAAUCUUUUAGUAAAUUCUUGCGUACUUAAUGGAUUAUUUAAGGUUUGAAGAGAUUUUCAAUAUCGUCAAAACUCGUGGCCUUCGAAAGACAAACAUCUCGUGAUUAGUGACGUCGCUUAAAAAUUAUAUGCAGCAAAUUCUUAAUUUGGUAAUUAAAUCUCGACGACUUACUUAAAUAUACACACAAUCUUUAUAUGUUCUGAAAAAAAUAAAAUUUCGUAUAAUCUACUAAUCUAAUUAGUGAACGGCAUUUUGCACGUUGGGCUAGAGGCACUUUCCUUGCGCAGACGUACACGCGGGACGACCGACGAGGAAACGUUUUAUACCAAAGAUCUUCUUUUUUUUUUUUACAAUACACGGUAUCGGGAGACCUAUCGUCACUCUUUUUUUUUUUAAUCGUUCAAAAUCCGGCAUCCAUUUAUAUUUGUUACAAACGUUUGCCAAUCGUGUAUAAAUAUGUAUAUAGAUCUAUAUUUACAUCCAUAUAUAUAACAUGUAAUUGCCAUAUUCGCGUGUUAUCUAAUAAUAAGACAAAUGUUCUUCCAUCAUCGAAGGAGACCAAAAAGCAAAAAAAAAAAAAAAACAAAAAAAUAUCUAGAAAUAUAUCUAUUUUCUCAUAUAUCGAUCGAAAAAAACAAAGUCCAAGUGAAAAACACAUGUAACACGAUUCUAGUGUCAUAAGCAUCGCACAGAUCUAACAGUGUUUGUUAUUAUCAAUUAUCUGUAUUAUUGUGCGAAUUAUAUAGAAGCUUCGCGCGUGCGCGCGGAUAAUCAAGACUCGAGAAUUGACAACUCGUAUAUCGAUAGUAUUUUUACAUAUUAUAAAUGAGAGAGAUAUAAACGAAACAAAAGAGCAUUUUUAUACGAGUUUAGAUUGUUGUACAAAUGUGUAUUUGAGGAUUACAAAAUAAACAAUCUCGAAAAAUAA